AUGACGGUCGAACGUGUGUGCAGCGAGGUGUUGAUGGAGGAGCAGACCCUCUCCAUUGAACAAAGCUACAAGUGGAUCACCAGCAAUGCGUCUGCUUUCUCGGGCGCUGUCAACAUGAUUGUGGCUACACAGGGGGUCAACGGGAAGGAAGGGAAAGGACGAAGGGAGAAGCUGGACAAGAAAAAGGAUGGCAAGCGGGAGAAGAAGCGAGGCCUCUUCAAGGAGCGCUGUUACAACUGCAAUGAGGAGGGGCGCAUGGCUGCCAAGUGUCCCAACAAGAAGAAGGAUGCAACGCCCGCGGCAGCCGCGAACGUUGUUGAAGGAGACGGGAAGGGUGUGGCACUCACCGUCGCAUGUUUGGCUGCAAAGUUGCUGGCCGACAACAAGGACUUGUGGUUCCUUGACUCAGGAUGCUCCCAACACAUGAUCGGCCGCAAGGAGUGGUUCAUGGUGAUCCGUGACCCAUCUGCAACGAAACAUGUUAAAGGGUUUGAUGGUUCCAUGCAAGAGGUCGCCAUUGUUGGAAUGGAGACCAACUUGGUCUCCCCUGAGCAGCUCACGGACAAAGGAGCAAAUUUGCAAACCGAAGAAGGUAUCACCUGCAUCAUCGCAUCGGCAGGACAAGUGGCUGCAACGGCACGCUAG